AUGGAGGAGGAACUCAACGUUAUCCUUAAGAGCCUCCUCGACACGGACAAUGACCAACGGUCCAGUGGUGAAUCGGCAUUUUGGGAUAUGACUCAGAAAGACCCUCCAUCUGUUAUUCAAAUUUUAUUUCACAUUAUAGAAACAACAGAUAAUAAUACAAGGCAGAUGUUAGCGUUAAUCUUGCUCAAAUUGAUAUUCGCACCUUUUAAACAGGAAAUUUUCGAUUUAAUUCCACUUGAAAUUCACACAUUUAUUCAAGAAAAGCUACUCUACCUAUUUUCAUCAAAUAUAUUUCCUGAAAUCAACUUAAAUUACUUGUCAACAGCUGUUGCUACUAUCGCUUCUGUUUAUAUCAGCUUAAAUGAGUAUCAAAAUUUUAUCCCUUCUUUGUUUCAGAUUAUAUUGAACUCCACACCACAGCUUCGAGCACCAGCAAUUGAUUGUGCUGUACAAGUUAUUACAAAUUUCAAAAAUAACCUAGAAUUAGAUCAAAAUCAAACGUUUCAAAUAAUUACAAUGGUUUUACAAGAUAAUUCCAUACCAUCAGCAUCUGUUGCCGUGAUGCGCUUCUUAUAUACUAUCAUUCCUGAUGGCGAAAUUCCACCUGAGUACCAAGAACUGGCUUCUGUCAUAGUUCCAUUGAUAUCUCAACUUGAAAAAGAUCUUUUAUCAUCAAUGUUACUAAAUCUUGCAAUUUUCAUUGCAAAAAAACCAAAAUUUGUUAUUCCAAUUUUGGAUUCACUUGUUCAGAUAGUUUUAUCAAUAGCAACAGAUCAAAACCAAGAUGAAGGUGCAAGAAUAAACGCGAUAGAAGUGAUAUCUCAAAUCUGUAUUCGAAUAUCAGAAGAAAAUAAUUAUUUACAGCACGUAAUCGAGUCGAUGUUCAUGAUUAUCACAGAAACAGACGAAACCCAUUAUCCUCCUUACGAAGACGAGACGAAUAUCUCAGAUAUUGCCCAACAAUAUUUAUUAUCUAUUGGAUCUGUUCAAAAUUUACAGCCAUUGUUCACACAGAUCGUUCUACAGAUAAUUUCAAAUAAUAUAGAAUCAUCGGAAUGGAAUAUCAGAUACGCAUCCCUCAAAUCUUUGGAAAGUUUGAUAAUUUCUUCUCACAAUUUCAUUGAAGAAAAAAGUGACAUUGUAUCGUUGUUGGUUUUACAAUUUCAAGAUAGUUUUGCUGUUUGUAGGGUUGCCGCGUUUGUUGCUUUCUCGCAAGCUGUUUUAUACUUCAAAGAUAGUGUAAAAUUUUCAGAUUUAAUUGAAAAUUUUAUUACAACGAUAGAAAACGAAACAAUCGAAAAAGCAUUGAUCGCAGAGAUAUUUUCACUCAGUUUACUAUGCGAAAAGUCUUCUGUUGAUGAUCUAAGAUCGAGUUGUGAAACAAUGAUUCCGAUCUUCAUAAAUUUAUCGGAAAAUGCAAAUCCUAUGAGGAUGAAUGCAAUACUUAGAUGUAUAUCAAGCUAUUUAAGAUCAUUAAGAAACGAAAUGGGCGAUUAUUACUCGAUUUUGAUAGAAUAUCUCAGAAAUAUUAUAGAAAUAGAGAAUUCUGAGAAUGACAUUAAUGUUUCUUUACUCAGAGCAAGGGCUAUAGAGUGUUUUGGCUACUUAUUAAGUUGUAUUCCUCAUGAUAUCUUUUUUAAUGAGGCAGAUUGGUUUGUUUCAAAGGUAAUUGGCAUUGAUUGGAACAUAUUCUCAGAAGAUGAGCUUAUUCAGAUCCAAACAACGCUCUCAAGGAUCGUAGUUAUAAGUUUAGGAUUAGAUAAGGCAGAAUACGUUGGCCCUGUUGUUGAAAAGCUUCUAGAAGCUGUCCAGAAUCGACCAAAGUUUGCUAAACAUCAGCAAUUCGAUCCUUUCAUGAAGAAUAUCUCCCGAGAGAAAAUUAAUUUCCUUUUGGAUUCGAUUUUCAUGGAAGUUCCCAAUGACCAGCUCCAGGUCUAUGAAUCUGCACUAUCGAAUCUCAAAUAUAUCAUGAAAAACUCCGGUCAAUUAUUUGUCCAAUACAUUUUACGGUUUUGUAAAGCUGCAGCACCAGCCUGUUUUUACUUUCCAUUGCCACAGACUCAGAUUAUUGCUUUACAGUGUCUUAGAGAGUCAUCUUCCGUUUACACCCGUUACAGUUCCGUUUCGAACUCGUUAGCCUUCAUUUUACACAUGAACAGGACACUUUUUUGGAUGUUCGACCAAUUAGAACUGAAACCCCCUGUUUUAAUCGAAGUUUUCAAGACAUUGGCUUUUUCUUUGCAGACAUUGAUAAGAAUCAAGUACUCCGAUGACGAUGAAACUGUCAACGAGAUCAUUGAACACAUUCCAAGUGCUUUAAAUGCAAUAAUGCAAUCAGCCGAACAAAAUGGAAAUUGUUCUGAAAUGGAAAACGGUUUGACAGAUGUUUUAUUGCUAUUAUUCCAACAUUUUCCACAAAAAAUGUCUAGUUAUUUCAUAGAUAAUUUAUCGAACUUGCUUCCAAUGGACUCCAAUUCCCCUUCCAUCCUUUCUUUGAACUGUUGGACAGCAAUGUUAAGAAUUGAAGAAAAUCAAACUUCAGAAAAAGUGACAGAAGUAUUCAAUUACAUUGUUAGUUGUAUAGAGAAUAACAAUAUCCAUGAUUAUAUGAUUAUUUCAUCUGCAUUCUUCUGCAUGGGAACAUUGAUUGACAUGGAAGUUCUCGAAGAAGAAAAAAUUAAUUUAAUUAUUUCGAUUUCAUUCAGUUCUUUGGAUAAUUUCGAACAAAUAGAGAAUGGAAAAGAAGUAAUUGACGGAAUUAUUUAUUUAUUGACUUGUAUUAUUAAUGUAUAUGAUGAGAAUUGUUCUCAAGAGAUGAUAUUUAGAUGGUAUACACAUCUUCCUUUCACAACUCCAAUUAUAAAGAGCCGUUCUGUUUAUUUGACACUCGCCGACCAAUUAUCUCAUGAUUAUUUGAAUGUUUUUAAGUGUGCGAAUCCAGAAAGGAUCAACGAAGAUCCUCAUAAUGAUCCAAUGAUUUUGUUACAAGGAAUUCAAAAAUUUGUUGAAAUUCUGAUUAAAACAUUCAGAUCAGAGUUAAUUGACAUGGAAAUUGAUCAGAGAUUUAAAGGAAUAUAUACUGAUAUAGCUAAUGAUCCUUUAACUGGUCCUGUUUUAUCAAUGAUUGUUUCUCAAUUAGAUCAAGAAUAUAGAGAUUUGAUUCAGAAUUACCAUUUAUCAUGA